GACGACCUCCACAGGAGCCCAGGAAACCAACAGACUAUUGCACAGAGCCGGGGGGGGGGGGCGAGGACUUUGAAGAGCAAAGAAACAUUGAAACCUCCUCACUUGAUCAAAGCUGCCUCUUUGAAACAUCACAGUGCCACCAGGCGGACAUCUCUACAGGGGUUGAAGUUGAAGACAGGUGGACAGCCAGACAUGCUGCUUGUGCUGGUGUUUUUAUGUGUGGCUGGUGGGGUUUGGGGGUCCGCCCCCGGAGUGUGGGGGUACGGGUGGAUCCAGGACAGACAGGGGCCGGCGGCGGCGGCGGCGUCGUGCCCGUUCCCGUGCCAGUGUGAAGAAGAUGGGAUCUUUGUCAUGGUGGACUGCUCGGAGUUGGGACUAUCAUCUAUACCGAGCAACCUCAGCCUUCUCACCACGUACCUGGAUCUCAGCAUGAACAACAUCAGUGAGAUCCAGCCCAGAGCCUUCCACCGACUGCACCUGUUAUCAGAAUUGCGUAUCUCAGGGAAUCAGCUGAGGUACAUCUCAGGCCAAGCUCUCCAGGGCCUCCACAGCCUCAAAGUUCUAAUGAUACAAAACAACCAACUGGAGAGACUUCCUGAUGAUGCACCAUGGGACCUGCCCAGCCUGCUGUCCCUGCGUCUCGAUGCUAACCUGUUGUCUGAGGUUCCUGCUGGGGCCUUUCGAGGGGUUCGCUCCCUGAGACACUUGUGGUUGGACGACAACUCCCUAACCGAGAUCCCGGGGACGGCGCUGGACUCGCUGCCCUCCCUGCAGGCCAUGACGCUGGCCCUCAACCAGAUCACACACAUCCCGGAUUAUGCAUUCACCAACCUCUCCGCCCUUGUCGUUCUGCAUCUCCAUAACAACCACAUCCAGAGCAUGGGGGCGAGAUGUUUUGAAGGUUUAACCAGUCUGGAGACCUUGGAUUUGAACUACAAUGACCUGCAGGAGUUCCCUGUGGCCAUCAGGACACUGAGUAAGCUUCAGGAACUGGGCUUCCAUAACAACAAGAUCAAAGCAAUCCCUGAGAGGGCCUUCGUGGGAAACCCUCAGCUCCAAACCAUCCAUUUCUAUGAAAAUCCCAUCCAGUUUGUGGGAAAGUCGGCUUUCCAGUUUUUACCAAAGUUGCACACGCUUUCUCUUAAUGGGGCAACACAGAUCCAAGAGUUUCCUGAUCUGAAAGGAACCACCAGCCUUGAAAUCUUGACGCUGACUCGGGCCGGCCUCUCAGCUCUCCCCCUGGAUCUGUGCGAGCAGCUGCCUCGCCUCAGAGUGCUGGAGCUCUCCUACAACCAGAUUGAAGAUCUGCCCAGUUUUUACCACUGCUCUGCACUGGAGGAGAUAGGGCUCCAGCAUAACCAAAUCAGGCGGAUAGAGGCGAGGACCUUCCAGCAGCUCAGCUCUCUCAGAAGCCUGGAUCUGAGCUGCAAUAUUAUCGAGUGGAUCCACCUGGAUGCCUUCGCCUCGCUUCACUCUUUGCUCAAACUGGACCUGUCAGAGAACCGUCUCAGCUCGGUGCCGGUUGCAGGUUUGGGGGGUCUCACCCACCUCAAGCUGAAGGGGAACACUGAAUUAUAUGAGGCCUUCAGUCCUGACUACUUCCCCCGAAUGAGGGUAAUAGAGAUGCCGUACGCCUACCAGUGCUGUGUGUAUGGUUCCUGUGAGGGCUACAAGACAGUCAGCCAAUGGGAAACUGAGCAGAGCAACGCUGACGAAGACCUACACAGGAGGCCCGUGGCCAUGUACCCGAAUCACGCUGACGCACACUAUGACCCUGACCUGGAGGAGUUCCAACAAGAAAUAGAGGAAUCCAAACUGCAGACCAGUGUCCAAUGCACGCCCACUCCAGGUCCAUUCCGACCCUGCGACUCUCUGCUGGGCAGCUGGCUGGUUCGAGUGGGCUUGUGGUCCAUCUCCCUGGUGUCUCUCCUGGGGAACUCCCUCCUGCUCCUCUCCCUCUUCGGCUCACCCGGCUACCUGUCGCCGCUCCGCUUCACCGUGGCCUGCAUGGGUGCCUCCAACCUGCUGACGGGUGUGUGCACCAGCACCCUGGCCAUGGUGGACGCUCUAACCCUGGGCGAGUUUGGUCACCACGGCGCCCGCUGGGAGGGGGGAGCCGGCUGUCAGGCGACGGGGUGGGUCUGGGUGUUUGCGUCCGAAGCCAGCGUGUUGCUGCUGACUCUGGCCGCCGUGCAGUGCGGCGUGAGCGUGACGUGCGCUCGGGCCUACGGGAAGUCGCCGUCCCUCGGGAGUGUGCGUACAUGUGCGCUUUUCUGCCUCACUCUGUCCUUCACUCUCGCGUCUCUCCCACUGGUAGGAGUCGGGGAGUAUGGUUCCUCACCUUUCUGCCUUCCCUCACCUCUGCCUCCCCCAUCGUCUCGACUACCCUCCUCCCUUGGCUUUCCCCUAGCGCUCAUUAUGAUGAACACCCUGUGCUUGCUUAUAGUCACAGGCUCAUAUAUCCGCCUUUACUGGGAGUUGCUCAGGGGAGAGUGUGAGGGCUUGUGGGACUGUGCUAUGAUCAAACAUGUUGCCUGGCUAAUAUUUACCAAUGGCCUCCUCUAUGUGCCAGUAGCUUUUCUCUCCCUGUGCUCCCUGCUGAGUCUCCUAUCUCUGGGCGAGGAGGUGCUCAAAUCAGUCCUCUUGCUUCUCCAGCCCUUGCCCGCCUGCCUCAACCCCCUCCUCUUCCUGCUUUUCACACGAGAGCACACCCAGUUGUUUUUCUGGCCCCACCCCAAAGCGCGUCCACAGCUCCGCCGGGACCGCACGUUGGACUCGCUUGUUUCCGUGGAGACAGAGAAAAGCUCCUGCUCCGAUACGUCGACGCAGGUGUCCCUCGCCGAUGCCGACGGCCCGUACAGUGGGGGGUUGUCUCUCCAACCACGAGGGGAUCCAAUCAGGUUUUCCCGCUGGUCCUCUUCUUCCUCGGUUCCUCUCAUCCCUUGCCAGAUUCCCACAGCCAGAGAUAGAGACAGAGUGGCAGAAGGAGGAAGCCGAAACGACGAGCAAUGUCUCAAGGGUUUAGAUCCAGAGGUGAUUCAUAACACUUGCCUCCUGUAUCACUCAAACAUCAGUCACUCUCUCGCCUCUCCUCCUUGAGGGCCAAAGCUAUCUGGGGCAAAUAGCUGGGACACUGUGGACACUAAAGGACGAUCAUCAAAACAGCACUCUAUGGGUUUUCCAAUCCUCAAGAACCUCGGAAUGAGUCCACAGAGAGACUCUGAAGAAGUCUAUGAGAACACAGCAAAGUGCCUUGAAAAAUGGACGGGGUAACUAAAAGUUCCCUUCAAUGUAAAGGCUUAAAAAGGAAACAACCCACUACAACAUGUCUGGAAAAACUAAAGGACAAUUUCAGACGCUACCCAGUGGACUGCUUGGGUCAUGGACUCGCAUUACAAAAAGAAAGCUCCAUCAAAACCUGUUAACUUCCAAGCAUCAGACAAAUCAAUGGUUAAGCCAGGGGGAAUUGAGGUAGAACCAGUAGAAUUUUAAGUGUAAAUGUUUUUUUCUGAAAUGUGAUCAUGAGACAUGCAGCUUAGAGGUUACGGAUUGUUUGGUUGUAUUUUAAGUGGAGUCAUCUUAAUAUGUUUUUAAAUACAAGUUCUAUGUUAUUGCUAUGGUCUGUUUUAAAGAAAGGGAGUCAUUAUCAGACACACUUGGAAUUUUUUUUUUUAACCAAAGUAAGCUACCGUUUUUUCAUUUAAAGAAAUGCAAUAAUCCGAUAUUUCUUUGCAUCUGUUUAACAGCUGUAUUGAGUGUUAUUCUUUGGGGCAGCAAAAAGCUACAGAUUCACACGGUUUACAUUUCUUUCUCAAAUAUGCAAAUCUUCCCAAUAUAAGGCGUGCAGUUAUACAGACGGAGUGGGAUGUAGUGAUCUUUCUGCAGACAUUGGUGUAGGCUAGCAAAAUGUACAUACAAUGUAACUACCUCUGAACUAGCAUGGUAUUGACUCACUACAGCCUUAUGUUUGUCACCCUUUUUAUAUGAUAAACAGCAAAUAUCUAAUUUUAUAUUAUAAGAAGUAAAUCCUUAGAUUGUAAAAAAACAACAACGUGAUAUUUAGGAUGUACAUACUUUGUAUACAACUGGUAUGCAUAUGUUUGAAUAAAAUUAUUAUCUUCAUACUGUA